CCACGGUGGCGAACAAUUACACUCGCUCUAUCGGGUGAAAGACGUACGCUUGGGUUACACGGCAUCAAGCACGUUGGAUGUUUGGACCCUACGGGAGAAUGUCGAUUGGACAACCGAGUCAGUCGGGUCAUCAGAACGAGAAGCAGUCGAGUGAUAGGAACGGUGGUGGUGCGGUGACCAGAUACAGCAGAAUUUGGAUCGUGAGAUGCCAUUAAUGCUGCCGGACUAAUGCGGCCCCGCGAUGAUCGACGGGGACGAAAAGACGGUGGUGGCCCCCAGGUGGAAGAACUAUGUAAGAGACGAAGCGCGAAGCGGGGGGGAGGACGAGGUCGUCGUCUCUCCACCGGCGGCAGCGUGGCUCAGGUGCCAGAAGGUGGCAGAAGAGGUAAAGGACUGCGACGGCGAGAUCGAGUCGACGGAUGCGACGACGCGUCGAGGUAUCGCGAGGACAACGACAGUGUCCAGGGGCAGCGAAGCAGGCGGACAGUGCAGGUACUCAAUGCAGGAGGCCGAGGAAGACGAUGAUGGCGGUGGCAACAACCGCAGGAAACGAAAGAAACGACGGAAAACGCAGCGGAACAAGCAGCAGUUGCAAUUACAACAACCGCAGGUGGAGGUAACGACUAGCAGCAGUCUACAGCGAUCGCACGCGCUCGCUCUCGCUUCGUCGUCCGAUGAAGUGGAAGCGGUGGGCGAGUGCUCAAAGAGGGACUCGUCUAGCAGCCUGGGCGGCGGCAGCCGGCACAACACCUUGCGGGAGUCACUGCUGACGGUGCUGGGCAAGCUAGUGAUUUGGAAGGGCACUAGAUACCGCUCCGCUACCGCCGCGUCGUCCUCCUCGUCGGCGCCACCGAAUUCACCACCCGCCACCGAGUGCAUUGGUCGUAGCACGUCCUUCUUCUCUAGUGAAACAGAGAGGCGAAUUCGCGCCAAUAAUCGCGAGUACAACUCACAGUUUAAUUAUGCGAAUAAUUACAUCAAGACGUCCAAGUAUUCGGUUCUGACGUUCCUACCAUUGAAUUUGUUCGAGCAAUUUCAGCGACUCGCUAACUUUUACUUCCUAUGCCUGUUGGUGCUCCAGAUGAUCCCCGCCAUAUCUUCUUUAACCCCUAUCACUACAGCCAUACCGCUUAUAGGGGUACUCACGCUCACUGCCGUCAAAGAUGCCUAUGACGACUUUCAACGGCAUAGCAACGAUUCUCAAGUAAAUAAUAGAAAAUCCCGAACAUUGCGGGGUACUAAUCUUCGUGAGGAAAAAUGGUCACAGGUUCAAGUGGGCGACGUAAUCAGAAUGGAGAACGAUCAGUUUGUCGCAGCGGAUGUUCUACUGCUAACGACGAGCGAGCCGAAUGGCCUUUGUUACAUCGAAACAGCAGAAUUGGACGGGGAGACGAAUUUAAAGUGUCGUCAAUGCCUGCCUGAAACUGCGGAGAUGAUGGAUAAUCACGAAUUAAUCGGCCAGUUCGAUGGAGAGAUCAUUUGCGAAACCCCCAAUAAUUUAUUAAAUAAAUUCGAUGGAAUACUAACAUGGAGAGGAAAAAAGUACGCAUUGGAUAACGACAAGAUUAUUUUACGGGGCUGCGUACUUAGGAAUACGCAGUGGUGCUAUGGCAUGGUGAUCUUUGCGGGCAAGGAUACCAAACUGAUGCAAAACUCAGGGAAGACCAAAUUUAAGAGGACCUCUAUAGAUAGAUUGCUGAAUCUUCUUAUCAUCGGGAUAGUGUUUUUUUUACUUUCCUUAUGUCUGUUCUGUAUGGUCGGCUGUGGUAUUUGGGAAAGCCUUGUAGGUCGUUAUUUCCAGGCGUACCUACCAUGGGACUCGUUAGUGCCGAGCGAGCCCAUUACCGGUGCCACAGUGAUUGCCCUACUCGUAUUCUUUUCGUACUCUAUUGUAUUGAACACGGUGGUACCAAUCAGUUUAUAUGUGAGUGUCGAAGUUAUUCGAUUUGUUCAGUCAUUUUUAAUAAAUUGGGACGAAGAAAUGUACUACGCGCCCACGAAAACACACGCUAAAGCAAGGACUACUACGUUAAAUGAGGAGCUAGGCCAAAUAGAAUACAUAUUCUCCGAUAAAACUGGGACGUUGACGCAGAAUAUAAUGACUUUCAACAAGUGUUCUGUGGCGGGCAAGUGUUACGGCGACGUUAUUGAUGAAGUUACCGGCGAAGUCAUCGAUUUGAGCGAGACGGGCAGAGCUGUUCCAACGGCGACGAUGCAGUGGAAGAGUGGACAGGAAUUCGUACGUCCAGUUUACACACCAUUAAGUGGUCCGAAUAUAAGGCUUCUGGAACAAGCAGACAGGGUAUCUAGUACAACACCAGAAUCCGGCAUCAACGGCAGCCCAAAGAUUCCACACAAGUCUUCAACAAUGCCACCUUUGGAUUUUUCGUUUAACAAGGAUUACGAACCAGAUUUCAAAUUCUACGAUCCCGCGCUGCUCGAAGCCGUAAGACGGGAAAAUCAAGACGUCCACAGUUUUUUCAGACUGUUAGCACUUUGUCAUACUGUUAUGCCGGAAGAAAAACAUGGCAAGAUUGAAUACCAAGCACAAUCGCCUGAUGAGGCUGCCUUAGUAUCUGCAGCUAGAAACUUUGGUUUUGUUUUCAAAGAGAGAUCGCCCAACAGUAUAACGAUUGAAGUAAUGGGAAAGAAAGAGAUAUAUGAACUUCUCUGUAUUCUGGAUUUUAAUAAUGUGCGAAAGAGGAUGUCCGUAAUUUUAAGAAAAGAUGGACAGCUCCGAUUGUACUGCAAAGGAGCAGAUAACGUUAUUUAUGAGCGAUUGAAAAAGGAUAGUGAAGAGAUAAUGGCAAAAACAUUGGAUCAUCUAAAUAAAUUCGCAAGUGAAGGUUUAAGAACACUGUGCCUUUCUGUAAGAGAUUUGGACGAAAGUUUUUUCAAUAAUUGGAAGCAACGACAUCAGGAAGCAGCGUUAAGUCAAGAGAAUAGAGACGAUAAGCUGGAUGCGAUUUACGAAGAAAUAGAGAAAGAUAUGUCGUUAUUGGGUGCUACUGCCAUCGAAGAUAAAUUACAAGACGGUGUACCUCAGACCAUCGCCAAUCUGAGCCUCGCUGGUAUCAAACUUUGGGUAUUAACUGGUGACAAACAAGAAACAGCUAUCAACAUUGGAUACUCAUGCCAGUUAUUGACGGAUGAUCUUACGGAUGUCUUUGUGGUAGACGGCACAACUUACGAUAGCGUGGAGUCACAAUUAAUGCGAUAUUUGGAUACCAUUAAGAUGGCCUCGACCCAACAGAAACGGCCAACUCUCUCCAUUGUCACAUUCAGGUGGGACAAGGAAAGCAGUGAUACCGAAUACAAUCCUAGUAGGGACGAACAGGAUGAACACGAGAUGGAGCAGUCAACGGGAUUUGCAGUAGUUAUAAAUGGACAUUCUCUAGUUCACGCGUUACAUCCACAGCUGGAACAGCUUUUUCUAGAAGUGUCUAGUCAAUGUAAAGCUGUAAUAUGUUGUCGAGUGACGCCAUUGCAAAAGGCGAUGGUCGUUGAGUUAAUUAAAAAAAAUAAAUUUGCGGUGACACUCGCAAUUGGCGAUGGCGCCAACGACGUUUCGAUGAUAAAGACGGCUCAUAUUGGUGUUGGUAUUAGCGGGCAGGAAGGAUUGCAGGCGGUGUUAGCCUCUGACUAUUCGAUAGGACAAUUUAGAUUUUUAGAGAGGCUACUUCUGGUCCAUGGUAGAUGGUCGUACUACAGAAUGAGUAAAUUCCUUAGGUAUUUUUUUUACAAGAACUUCGCGUUCACCCUUUGCCAUAUCUGGUUUGCUUUCUUCUGCGGAUUCAGCGCACAGACUGUAUUUGAUCCUAUGUACAUUUCCGUCUACAAUUUAUUUUAUACCUCAUUACCAGUCUUGGCGGUUGGUAUUUUCGAUCAGGAUGUUAACGAUAAGAAUAGUCUAAUGUAUCCGAAACUAUACGCACCAGGAUUACAAAAUUUGCUCUUCAACAAAAAAGAGUUUUGUUGGAGCGCUUUACAUGGAUUUUAUGCUAGUUGUGUAUUAUUUUUGGUACCUUACGGGACAUACAAGGAUGGGGUAUCACCCAAGGGUUAUGUACUUUCUGAUCACAUGCUGCUGGGCAGUGUAGUAGCCACUAUAUUAGUUAUAGUCGUGACUGUUCAAAUAGCUCUCGACACAUCAUAUUGGACAGUUUUCAAUCACAUUAUGGUGUGGGGCUCGCUGAUCUGGUAUUUUAUUUUAGAUUACUUUUACAACUUCGUCAUAGGCGGUAGUUAUGUCGGCAGUCUCACGAUGGCCAUGUCAGAAGCGACCUUUUGGUUCACUACAGUGAUAUCCUGUAUAAUUCUGGUGAUACCAGUACUAUCAUGGCGAUUCUUCUUCAUGGACGUUAGACCGACACUGUCCGACAGAGUCAGACUGAAGCAGAGACUGGCACAAUUGCGUUCUCGUCAAAGCCAAGACAUAUUACGUACACCAUCUACGAGACGUACACGGCGAUCUUUACGCUCGGGCUACGCCUUCGCUCACCAAGAGGGUUUUGGCAGACUUAUCACGUCUGGAAAAAUUAUGCGCAAAUUGCCAAAUGGUGCUGAUUUUAAGUUUUCUAUGCCGUUUACGAACAAUGUUACGAAGCAGGUUAAUGUUGCUACAACAUCACCAAAGGACAACAGCGCAUCUAGAAAUUCACAUACGUUGGACACGAUUAAUUUAUAAUAUCUCGAAUAUUUUAGUCAACUCAACGGACACUAAAGUGUAGAUGAUUAGUGAGGUUCUCUUAAUUUACUUAGCUAUGAACAUUAAGCCAAAAUGAACUCGUCAAAUUUAUUGAUUCUGGUGUAUCCCAUUGAAAUCGUGUUUCCAAUUAUUGUUUCUUCUUUUUUAUGUUAAUUAAGAGGUGCAAGUAUAUUGUAUGUAGUAUUUGAGAAGAUCUCGUGAAGCAUUGAUGUCUGUGAUUAUGUUAUAUUUAAUUUAAACAUUUAUUUAUUUAAGAAAAAUGUUAAUCAAUUAGAAACUGUUACGAUUUAUAACACAUGCCUAUAAACAACGAUAAUAAUAUUAAAACAAAUGUAUGUAACUUUGUUAAUACAUCUAACGCAAUGAAUUCCAGUGGGAUACAUUGAGUUAUACUAUAAUAGAAGUAGCAUAUGCUAUUUACGUCUAUACAUCACUGUUAAGCACUUAUAGAUUUAUUAU